AUGGCUAAACGUGCAGAGCAUCUCCCGGCGAUGCCGCCCCAGGACCCUUCAUUACAGGUUCCAAGUGGUCUGCGGGUCGCUUACGCCAAGCAUCUUCUUGACAAACACCUCCGGAGCCUGCGAUAUGAGCUGAAUGACGAUGUCAGUCGCAAUGAGCCUCUGCCUGCAAUAGGCCAUGCACCAUCUCAUGGUCAUGAGGAUCCUUUGGAGCAUCUCUCAGAGUACAAGGGCCGCGUUGCUAUCGUCGGUGCUGGCGCUACAGGCCUGUAUCUCGCCAUGAUGCUCAAGUACCUCAAGAUCUCCAAUGUGGAUAUCUAUGAAGCUUCGGAUAGAAUUGGCGGUCGAGUAUAUACGUACAAGUUUGAGAAAGAUGAGGCCUGUCCUCAUAACUACUAUGACAUUGGAGCCAUGCGUAUUCCGGAGAUUGAUGCCAUGAAAUCAACACUUACACUCAUCGAGGAGCUGAAACUUCCGAAAACGAAGUAUGUCCUCGAUGCUGGUUGCGAGCCACAGAUGCAUUGGUACUCUAACACCGAAUCGCCUGACGGAAAACCCUACGAUGCCCGAAUGAACGAGAUCAUCAAGGGUCUUGGGUCAAACUGGGACGAGAAGUUUGAGGAAUGGGUCGCCAGUGGCAAGGACAACCAUUCUACUAGAGGGUGGCUUAUGUUCACCGACCCGAAAUGGACUUAUGACCAGACCGAGGAUGCCGAGACAGCUGCCACUUCUACUGGUCUCUUCGAGCAGUCAUUUGUUGAGUCUCUAUGUGACUUCAGUGAUUUCCAGGCCACUGCUGGCAAGCCCUGGUGGCGUCUUGAAGGCGGCAUGUCAGUUGUCACCGAGAAGAUGAACCAAUGUAUCGAGGACCCUAAGUGGGCUCCUCACAACCCUAUCUCUCUGAAGGUCAAGAAGAAUACACCUGUCGUAGCCAUGUCGGAGAACCACCAAGAGAACAAGAUUGAAGUGACUAUUACUGGGGCUGAGGGUACGAAGACAGAGGCAUAUGACAUGGUCUUCAACACCACCGCCAUGGGCCCUCUCCAGCGCAUGGACAUAUCUGGCCUGGUCCCCGGUUUCGGUCUUCCUCAAACCCAGAGAAAGAUUCUCACUGGUAUCCGAGCUCUCAGCUACGAUCGAUCCUGCAAGGUUGCAGUCAAGUUCAAGACUCGGUGGUGGAAAAAUAUGUACAAGACCUCCACGAACGGCAGCACUUUUGGCGGUGUAUCGGGCUCUGAUUUACCCAGCAGCAACAUCGUUUACCCAUCUUGGGAUGAUGGCGAUGACACUUCCGCAGUGCUCAUGACUUCUUACACGUGGGCCCAGGAUGCUACGCGUAUGGGAUCUCUGAUUCCCGAUUACACGAAGCAGAAGCCGCAUAUUGACGACGCUGUUAUCACUCAAUGUUUCCAAGAUCUCGUCAAGCUUUGGGGUGAGAGCCAAGAUCCCAAGAUCACCGUUGACUUUUUGAGGAACGAGUACCUCGAACAUCACGCGUUCGCUUGGUCUCACGAUCCAUACACAGGCGGCGCUUUCGCUCUGUUUGGCCCUGGCCAGUUUAAGUAUAUCUACCCCGAGUUCCAGCAGAUCCUUUGCGAUGGAAAGUUUGCCAUCUGUGGCGAGGCUCUGAGCCCCCAUCACGCGUGGAUUUCUGGAUCCCUGGAUAGCGGAUACCUUACCAUACUGAGAUGGUUAGGCCAUCUCGAGGAUGGAGAUAGAGCUGAUGCGUUGAAGAAAGCAUGGUUCGGAAGUGGAAGGGGUAAACAUACUGCUGAGUAUGAUGGGAAGUUGAUGAGAUGGACUAUUGAGCUGAGCCAGCAGGCGGCUAGGAGGACUCGAAAGAGGCACUACUGA